CUCGGCGAGGAGGAGGAGGAGGAGGAGCGGACCCUGGAUUCAAAUUGGGCCGAAAUGAAUCCGGAAACGGCUCCAGGCGCAACAAUUUGCCGUGGUCGGAAGGCAAGAAUCGGCCCGACGAACGCUCGGCGUCUCGUGCACCUCCUCGUCUUUUCGAUGUCGCUGCAACGGGCAAAUCAUUCCAAGUCAGACAGAUUGCCUUAUAAAAUGCCUCGCUCCUACUUCCACCUCGCACGCACUCCUCUCCUUUCCGGAAAUUCUCCGCUGAAUUUUCACUCGCUGCUGAGAAACUCUCCUCCAUUUUUGCACUCAAUUCUACGUCAUAAAUCGUCCGUAAUUACUUCACUCGAUCCGUUGAUGCUUUCCUCGGCUUUGGGAGCACAGCCAUGGCCAUCAUUCGAGAGAAUUGCGUGCGAGAUCGAGGGCUGAUUCUAGCUCUGGUUGUUAUGAACCUGUGUCUUGCAUCUGUUCACGUUAUCGGUCAAACAGAUAUUCCCACAACAACGGAUCCGCUUCUCUCCUUCGGAUUUUACGCUACGAGCUGUCCACGAGCUGAGCGCAUUGUCCGAGAUGCCAUGCACGAGUAUUAUCUAAAUGAUCCCAGACAUGCUCCGGCUAUACUGAGAUUGUUUUUCCACGACUGCUUUGUGCAGGGAUGUGACGCAUCUGUUCUGCUAGAUACAGCAGACCCGAAGGAGCCGGCAGAGAAGGAGGCGGCGCCCAACUUACAUUCUCUACGCGGCUUCGAGCUCAUCGAUGAUAUCAAAAGUAGAAUCGAGGCUAUUUGUCCGCGAGUUGUGUCGUGCGCAGAUAUUAUCGCUCUUGCAGCGAGGGAAUCCGUCCUUCUGACUAGGGGCCCAAGGUUUGCAAUGCUCACAGGGCGAAGAGACGCCAGAACUUCCUCAGCAGCCAGGGCGCAACGCGAUAUUCCUCUGCCAGAUGCUGACUACGAUACCAUCACCAAAUCCUUCAGAUCCAGGGGUUUAAACGAAGUUGAUGUCGCUGCACUUCUAGGAGCACAUACGAUAGGACGCUCGCAAUGCAAGUUCGUCAGGAACAGGAACGUGGAAAGCACAACCUGCUCAAAUCAUGGAAAUCAUACGACGGACCUGGACAUCGGAAGCGGGGGAAUUUUCGACAAUCAUUUCUUCGUCAACUUACGCCGAGGACGCGGCAUUUUGACGGUGGACGACGCUCUGAUGUCUCGGUUGAAUUCUUACUUGCGAGUCACCGCUUUCGCGUACGACAACGAGCUUUUCUUCGACCAAUUCGUCUCGUCUCUUCUCAAAAUGUCCAGCAUCGGCGUCCUCACGGGAGUGGACGGAGAAAUUCGCCAAAAUUGUAGCGUUGUGAACGGUCCGGGACCUCUUAACCCGUUCAACGACGAAGUCGUCACUCCUCGACAUCAUCCUCCUCGUCAUCCAAAGAAGCCAGUGGUCAUAUCUGGACGUGCAACCGGAUCCCAGUCAUGACCGUAUCGGAAUGGUCACUCGAAGCGUGCAGUAUGCGCAACGACAUCCUAAGGUGUCUUCGCCUUCAAGCAGAUCAGCUGUUUCUUAUGUAGCUUAUUUUUCAUAAUUGGGGCUCCGCGGCUUUGACAUAUGAUUCUGGGAUAGUGAUGGGUUCCAGAAUUGUAGAUUUCAGUGGCGACUGGACAGGAACUUUGUCUACCUCUUGAACUCGAGCCUAGAGCCGUAUUUCUUUCUUCGGUGUUGUCCUGGACGGUACAGCGCACGAGAUCAAAGAAGGAUGCAAUUGACUGAAUAUUAUUUCAUCUUUCCAAAACGAAUGCUAAACACAAAUCCGUUUCUUGAUAUCGGGCACCUUUCGGCGCCGUCUCAUGAACCGUGUUAAACUUUCCUCCGAAGAGACUUUCUUGAUUUUCAUGCCGUCGUCGUCUUGUGACUCUCAUUGGGUUGAUUCUUCUCAUGCCCUGCAGACAAGAAGUCAUGUCGAAGCGCGGCGGGGGGAGCGUGUUUUGUUGGCAGGAGGAGAAAAGCAUUAAAUUAGGACACCGCCGCCCUUCCAGCAACUUUAUCCUCCACCACAAGAAACUGAUCGCCACCCCGCCCCGCCCAGCCCAGCCCAGCGCCCGAGUCAUCAGCGAGCGGAACGAGCUCGUGAAUACAUCGUGCAACCGAUCGCCGAUCGAGUGGAGGAAUGUCGCGGGAGGAAUCUAUCCAAGUCCCCACGAGGCACGCAGGGAACUGACGCCGACUCCGCAAGACAGGAAAUCGGACGACGACCAAUUGACGCGAGCUCGUGUGGAGGAGAGAUUUCGAAGGCGGAUGCGAGCCGAGUCGCCAUGGACAGGCAACACAUGGCCAGUUCGCAAAGCCCCGAGCGCGCGACGCCAUGACCACCACAAGAUCAUUGGUGGCACGAAGCCCCGCAGCCCCCUCGUUCUUGGACCUACUUAAAGCACUUUUUUGGACCCGAGCCUGUAGAUCGAUCCAUCCAUGGAUCGGACUUUGGAAUCUUCUUGUGCCUUGGGUAGAUUCCGACGGUUCGAUCGAGUUGAGGCGAUCGGGAGAGGAGCUUUCUCGCAUCGCCGUCGAUCACACGUCACAUAAUCUGGUCCACGUAUUUGAGGACUCAAACUGUACGCCGUACUCAUUUUGAAUACGGAGUAGAGGGUACGUCGUGAUUAAUCUUUGUCACGCAGCUCACAAAAUGAUUGCCCUUUGUGAGUAAAUAAAACUGCAAUUAAAAUGCCACCUACUCGGAGAAUGUGAAUUAUCGAUUACUUCACUCCCGUCAUUGUAGUGACAUUGGGCGCUUGUGAUUCUACUUAGGUACAUCGUUUGAGUGUAUGUGAAUGAUGUGUGAGUAUGUAGGUAGCAACUAGAGGUCUUCCACCAAUCAGAGAAUAGCGUAUAGUAGGGUGAGGGCUGAUUAGCCCUAAGUGAGGGAUAACUAGCCCCUCACUUCCUAUCAAAUUAUUCUCCACCAUAUACUCGAGCAGAUAUACUAAGUGUACUCCCUUGUACCAAAAGUUUCU